UGUUACAUGAAUAUUAAGUACCUCAUAUUUAAAAUGUCCUCCACUACUAUUUUCAUUGUAGCCCUAUUGGCAGGCUCUACCUUUGGUAAGGAAGUUAUUGUGCAAAAUAAAGGAAAAGUUGGAUUAACAGUUUCUGUUAGUGGACUAAGUGGUAUUCAAUUGCCACCCAAGGGAAAAUCGAUCUUGGACUUGCCUGAAAACUGGCAAGGAAAAAUUUCGGGAUGUUCUGAACUAUGCGAUGGACCGAAAACUGUAGCAGACUUAACUUUAAGCCCAACUUUGGACCAAUACGACGUUUCAUUGAGUAACGGAUUUAAUAUUCCUAUAAAGGUGAUUCCAGUCCAUGGGGGAAAAUGCAAGGCUGCCGUUUGCGCUUCCAGAAAAAUUAACAAGAUUUGCCCAUUGGAAAGUCAAGUAAAAAACACGUUGGGAGAGGUGGUGGCUUGCAAAAAUAAUCCUUUGAUUGAAGCUAUCUGUCCCAAAGCCAGGAUUAUGGAAUGUAAGGCCGAAUCCAUUAGAGUGAUUUUGGGUUAGAUUGUUCAAUGUGUUUUGGGAAAUUUUGAAAAUAUAUGUUUAUAAUGCAGA